AUGAGUCAUGACCACGGUAGUGCAAGUUCAGAUGAUGUCAAGAAAGUCAUACAUCUCUAUAAUCAGGGAAAAGAAGCCAUAGAGUACCUCAACCUAUAUCUUAAAAAAGCUAAAGAAGUAGGAGACAAGCAUGGGGAGGGUAACGCUUAUGGCAGUCUUUGCAAUGCUUAUGACCGUCUGAGUGAUUUAAAAAAAGGCAUAGAGUACCACAACCUACAUCUUAAAAUAGCUAAAGAAGUAGGAGACAAGCAUGGGGAGGGUCGUGCUUAUGGCAAUCUUGGCAAUGCCUUUCACCGUCUGGGUGAAUUAAAAAAAGCUAUAGAGUACCACAACCUAGAUCUUAAAAUAGCCAAAGAAGUCGGAAACAAGCAUCGGGAGGGUGUUACUUAUGGCAAUCUUGGCAAUGCUUAUUUUAGUCUGGGUGAUUUCAAAAAAGCCAUAGAGUACCACAACCUACAUCUUAAAAUAGCUAAAGAAGUAGGAGACAAGCAUGGGGAGGGUAAGGCUUCUGGUAGUCUUGGCAAUGCUUAUGGCCGUCUGGGUGAUUCCAAAAAAGCCAUAGAGUACCACAACCUACAUCAUAAAAUAGCUAAAGAAGCAGGAGACAAGCAUGGGGAGGGUAAGGCUUAUGGCAGUCUUGGCAAUGCUUAUCGCCGUCUGGGUGAUUUCAAAAAAGCCAUAGAGUACUACAACCUACAUCUUAAAAUAGCUAAAGAAGUAGGAGACAAGCAUGGGGAGGGUGGUGCUUUUGGCAAUCUUGGCAAUGCUUAUCACCGUCUGGGUGAUUUCAAAAAAGCCAUUGAGUACCACAACCUACAUCUUAAAAUAGCUAAAGAAGUAGGAGACAAGCAUGGGGAGGGUAACGCUUAUGGCAAUCUUGGCAAUGAUUAUGACAGUCUGGGUGAUUUCAAAAAAGGCAUAGAGUACCACAACCUACAUCUCAAAAUAGCUAAAGAAGUAGGAGACAAGUAUGGGGAGGGUGGUGCUUAUGGCAAUCUUGGUAAUGCUUAUAACCGUCUGGGUGAUUUAAAAAAAGCCAUAGAGUACCACAACCUACAUCUUUUAAUAGCUAAAGAAGUAGGAGACAAGCAUGGGGAGGGUAAGGCUUAUGGAAAUCUUGGCAAUGACUAUGACAGUCUGGGUGAUUUCAAAAAAGCCAUAGAGUACCACAACCUACAUCUUAAAAUGGCUAAAGAAGUAGGAGACAAGCAUGGCGAGGGUAAGGCUUAUGGCAGUCUUGGCAAUGCUUAUUACAGUCUGGGUGAUUCCAAAAAAGCCUUAGAGUACCACAACCUAGAUCUUAAAAUAGCUAAAGAAGUAGGAGACAAGCAUGGGGAGGGUGUUGCUUAUGGCAAUCUUGGCAAUGCUUAUCACCGUCUGGGUGACUUCAAAAAAGCCAUAGAGUACCACAACCUAGAUCUAAAAAUAGCUGAAGAAGUAGGAGACAAGCAUGGGGAGGGUGUUACUUAUGGCAAUCUUGGCAAUGCUUAUUUUAGUCUAGGUGAUUUCAAAAAAGCCAUAGAGUACCACAACCUACAUCUUAAAAUAGCUAAAGAAGUAGGAGACAAGCAUGGGGAGGGUAACGCUAACGGCAGUCUUGGCGAUGCUUAUGACAGUCUGGGUGAUUUCAAAAAAGCUAUAGAGUACCACAACCUACAUCUUAAAAUAGUUAAAGAAGUAGGAGACAAGCAUGGGGAGGGUAAGGCUUAUGGUAGUCUUGGCAAUGCUUAUCACAGUCUGGGUGAUUCCAAAAAAGCCAUAGAGUACCACAACCUACAUCUUAAAAUAGCUAAAGAAGUAGGAGACAAGCAUGGGGAGGGUGGUGCUUAUGGCAGUCUUGGCAAUGCUUAUGGCCGUCUGGGUGAUUUCAAAAAGGCCAUAGAGUACCACAACCUACAUCUUAAAAUAGCUAAAGAAGUAGGAGACAAGCAUGGGGAGGGUAAGGCUUAUGGCAGUCUUGGCAAUGCUUAUCACAGUCUGGGUGAUUCCAAAAAAGCCAUAGAGUACCACAACCUACAUCUUAAAAUCGCUAAAGAAGUAGGAGGCAAGCAUGGGGAGGGUAACGCUUAUGGCAGUCUUGGCAAUGCUUAUCACCGUCUGGGUGAUUUCCAAAAAGCCAUAGAGUACCACAACCUACAUCUUAAAAUAGCUAAAGAAGUAGGAGACAAGCAUGGGGAGGGUAAGGCUUAUGGCAAUCUUGGCAUUGCUUAUCACAGUCUGGGUGAUUUCAAAAAAGCCAUAGAGUACCACAACCUAGAUUUUAAAAUAGCUAAAGAAGUAGGAGACAAGCAUGGGGAGGGUGGUGCUUAUGGCAGUCUUGGCAAUGCUUAUUUUAGUCUAGGUGAUUUCAAAAAGGCCAUUGAGUACCACAACCUACAUCUUAAAAUAGCUAAAGAAGUAGGAGACAAGCAUGGGGAGGGUAACGCUUCUGGCAAUCUUGGCAAUGCUUAUCACCGUCUGGGUGAUUUCAAAAAAGCCAUUGAGUACCACAACCUACAUUUUAAAAUAGCCAAAGAAGUAGGAGACAAGCAUGGGGAGGGUGUUGCUUAUGGCAAUCUUGGCAAUUAUUAUGACAGUCUGGGUGAUUUCAAAAAAGCCAUAGAGUACCACAACCUAAUUCUUAAAGUCGCUAAAGAAGUAGGAGACAAGCAUGUGGAGGGUGUUGCUUAUGGCAAUCUUGGCAAUGCUUAUGGCCGUCUGUGUGAUUUCAAAAAAGCCAUAGAGUACCACAACCUAUAUCGUAUAAUAGCUAAAGAAGUAGGAGACAAAUCCUCUGAGGCAAUGGCCUACUGUUCAUUAGGAUUGGUUUUUGAGUUGCAAGGUAGACUGCCAAAAGCCGUUGAACAUUACCAAGCUAGCAUAAACUUAUUCAAUUCCUUGAGAGUACUUCUAAUAUCUAAAGAUGAGUGGAAAGUUAAUUUUCGAAAUCAGCAUCAAGUGGCGUAUACGGGUUUGUGGAGAGUUCUCGUAGAACAAGGUAAUGUAGAUGAAGCCUUAUUUGUUGCUGAGAAAGGACGAGCUCAAGCUCUGACCGACCUCAUGGAAUCCAGUUUUUGUAGUGGAACAAGUCACCACAGGGGAGAAGAUGAAGAUUGCGCAGUUUUAAAAAACGUUCCAUCAAACACUGUCUUUCAGGCAGUGGACGAAGCUUAUGUCAAUCUUUGGGUUGUGUCCGAAGGAAAACAAGUUCAGUUAAGACAAAGUAAACUAGAAGGUUUUGUUUCAGAGAAUAGUGGAUCUAGCCUGUCCAUUGAGUCGUUCAUGCCCAGUGUCUAUACACAACUUGGUGUUCGUUCUAAUGUAAGAUGCGAGAAUCGAUCUUUAGAUGCUUUGAGGGAGGGCCAUUCAAAAGUGGAUGAGAAAACCAAAGAAGCCAAGCCUCAGCCUUACAUCCAACAAGACGGAUGCUUGAGCACUUUGUAUGAUAUCGUUAUGAAGCCGGUGGCUGACUUGAUUGAAGGGGAUGAGCUACUCAUUAUUCCUGAUGGACCCCUGUGGAUCGCUCCUUACGCUGCAUUGAAGGAUGGUAAUUCUAAAUACCUGUGUGAAUCGUUCACAAUCCGAGUCGCUCCAUCGUUAAAAAGUCUUAGACUCAUUGCUGAUUGCCCAGAUGAUUAUCACAAAAGCAGUGGUGCGUUGCUUGUAGGAGAUCCGUGCUUAUCCGAGGUUACUAACAGCGAGGGAAAGAAAGUCUUCGAGCAGCUUCAGUAUGCUAAAAAAGAAGUAGAAAUGAUCGGAAAAAUUCUGAAUAUCACGCCAAUCACUGGCAGUCAGGCCACGAAACGUGAGGUGUUGAAAAGACUCAGUUCCGUUUCCCUAGUUCACUUUGCGGCACACGGAUGUAUGGAAACUGGCGAAAUUGCUCUUACACCUGACCCAGACCGAAUAUCUACUGUGCCAACGGAGGAGGAUUACAUUUUAACAAUUGGAGAUGUGUUGAAUGCUCAACUUCGGGCCAAACUUGUUGUGCUUAGUUGCUGCCACAGCGGCCGGGGCGAGAUCAAGGCUGAAGGUGUGGUUGGCAUUGCGCGUGCUUUUAUGGGGGCUGGUGCUCGGUCUAUUGUAGUGACCCUGUGGGCGAUUGAUGACAAGGCUACUCUUGAGUUCAUGAAACACUUUUAUCAACAACUUGCAGGAGGUAAACCAGCAAGCGAGUCACUGAACCUGGCCAUGAAAAGCCUCAGAGAAUCAGACAAGUUCUGCGACAUCAAACACUGGGCGCCCUUUUUGCUGAUUGGAGAUGACGUCACUCUUGACUUCAUGGCAAAGGAAAGAGAAAAUAUGAAUAUGAAAUCUCAUAAAUGA